AUGUCGGCCACACACACCAGUCUCGAUGCCGCCGCCAUCGAUAGGAAGGCCCGUCUCGCCAAACUCGCGGGCAUCAAACGCAAGCAUCCAGUCUCCGACCCACCAGCCUCCAGUCUACAAGCAGACACAGAAGAGGCAGAAGAAACGGCAAUCUCCUCCAGUACCACGACUGAUCGAUAUCUCUCGGGGCGAAACUAUGAUACAGCUACGAAAAACGCCAAGCUCGGAUUCGAGAAUGCGCCCAUCAGCGCUGAAGUUGGGACUCUGGAGGAACAGGCCGAUCGCAUAGCCGCUGCUACUGCCGAACAAGCCGCCAAAGACGAGGUCGAGGCAGAAAAAGGCAUUGACCUUUUCAAGCUGCGGCCGAAGAAGCCAAACUGGGAUCUGAAGAGGGACCUGGAUGAGAAGAUGAAGAUCCUGAAUGUGCGGACUCAAAACGCGAUUGCCAGGUUGGUUAGGGAAAGAAUUGAGAACGCAAAGAAACAAGCGCUGGAGAAGGCCCAGGCCUCGCAAUCAGCCGGUCAGGAUGGGAUUGACGGGGAGGAGGUGGGCAUCGAAGGCAACACUCUUGUCGAAGGCAUACACUUGCGAGAGCAAGAGGAGGAGCGGGAGGCCGCCCGCGAGAAAGAAGAGGACGAUAUUCCGGAUUGA